UUAUUCAUGUAUAGAUCUCCAAGCUUUCAUCAUCAAGCCAAAGCAAUCUCUGCUCUAAAAAUUUCGUGUUUAAAAACCUGUAAAGCUGCCCCCUUCCCUUGUCAGAAACUCCAUCUCUCUCUCUGAGAACACUGAACAAUGGCUACCCACAGAAAAAUGGACAGUGAAGACCAAGAAGCCUUGUUUCACUCCUACCCAUGUGCCUAUUACGUGCAGAGCCCAUCCACAGUUUCUCAUGCAAACAGUUCAGAGCUCAAAACCCAGAAUCCUGAAUCCACCUUUCACUCCCCUUCAAGAUCCGACAGUAAUAGUCUCCUCAAUAAGAACCCUGACGUUUCAAGAUUCACUCUCUCUCGCUACUCCUCCUCUCGUGGCUCCAACAACUCUUUCUUGAAUGAGAAGAAGAUUAGUGGAGAUGAGAAUGGUGUCAACCGUUUGAUCACUGUUGAUGGGCAUGGACGUUGUGGGGCGGAGGAGGAGGAUGAAGAUGAUGAGUAUUAUUAUGGGAGGAAAGGUGGGUGGUGGUGGAGAUAUUGUUCUUUUAGAAGGAGCAAUUCUUGUGCUUGGAUUUCUUUGCAAAUAAGUUGGAGACUUUUGGUGAGUUUGGGAGUUGCGUUGCUUGUUUUCUACAUUGCUACUAAGCCGCCGCCGCCAAAGAUGUCCAUCAAGAUGGCAGGAAUCAAGGAAUUUGAACUAGGGGAAGGAGUAGAUGGGAGUGGUGUUACAACUAAGAUCCUCACCUGCAACUGUUCAAUGGAUCUCGUGAUAGAAAACAAGUCCAAGCUCUUUGGUCUUCACAUUCAACCUCCACUUCUUCAAAUGUUCUUCGGUAGCCUUCCGUUUGCUAUGUCUCGUCAGGGUUCAGAGCUCUAUGCUGAAACAAGGGGUUCGACAGUGUUCAAAUUGUACGUGGGAACCAAGAGCAAGCCCAUGUAUGGAGCUGGAAGAAACAUGCAGGACAUGCUAGACUCUGGAAAUGGAUUGCCCAUAUUGAUUCGAGUGAGCUUGAGCUCCCAUUUUCAUGUCGUUUUAAAUCUUAUCAACCCAAAAUAUCAUCACCAUGCACAAUGUCUACUGCUUCUGGACACUACGUACGAUCUCAAACAUCGUACCCAAACGUACAACAGCACCUGCACAAUGUCCUAAAUCCUUCUUCUUCUUUUUCAUUACACAGAUUAAAAAAAAGGGAGGAAAAUUACAGAAAGUGUUGACAACUCGUAUCAGCAAAUUAAUUAAUAUAUGAAAUAUUAUGUAUAUAGGUAUAUAUAUAUGUUGUAAGAAAUUAAGGUUCA